AAGAUGGUGUCUCCGUCUCUCCAAUGGCCCCUUGGAACCAUGUCAUUUCUACUUCCCUUGCUGUUGAGUCUCUUAACUGUGUCCACUCCUUCAUGGUGUCAGAGCCAUGAAGCUAGUGACGGGACACCCUUUCCUUGGAAUAAAAUGCGACUUCCUGAGCAUGUCAUCCCAGUUCACUACGAUCUCACGAUCCAUGCAAAUCUCACUACACUGACUUUCCAGGGAACCAUGGAAGUAGAAAUCACAGCCAGCCAGUCUACCAGUACCAUCAUUCUGCAUAGUCACUACCUGCAGAUAUCAAAGGCCACCCUCAGGAAAGGAGCUGGAGAGAAGCCGACUGAAGAACCCCUGAGGGUCCUGGAACAUCUCCCCCAUGAGCAAAUUGCACUUCUGGCUCCUGAGCCUCUCCUUGUUGGGUUUCCGUACAUCGUUGUCAUCCACUAUGCCGGCAAUCUUUCGGAGAGUCUCCAUGGCUUUUAUAAAAGCACCUACAGAACCACGGAAGGGGAAGUGAGGAUACUUGCGUCAACACAGUUUGAACCCACUGCAGCUAGAAUGGCCUUUCCCUGCUUUGAUGAACCUGCCCUCAAAGCCACUUUCUCAAUCAAGAUUAGAAGGGAGCCAAGGCACAUGGCCAUCUCCAAUAUGCCACUGGUGAAAUCUGUGACUGUAGCUGAAGGACUCAUAGAAGACCAUUUUGAUGUCACUGUGAAGAUGAGCACCUACCUGGUGGCCUUCAUUAUUUCAGAUUUUGAGUCUGUCAGCAAGAUGACCAAGAGUGGAGUCAAGAUUUCUGUAUAUGCUGCGCCAAACAAGAUAAAUCAAGCAGAUUAUGCACUGGAAGCGGCGGUGACUCUUCUAGAAUUUUUUGAGGAUUAUUUCAACAUACCAUAUCCCCUACCCAAACAAGAUCUUGCUGCUAUUCCUGACUUUCAGUCUGGUGCUAUGGAAAACUGGGGACUGACAACAUAUAGAGAAUCUUCUCUACUGUUUGAUGCAGAAACGUCUUCUGCGUCAAGUAAGCUUGGCAUCACAAUGAUUGUAGCCCAUGAACUUGCCCACCAGUGGUUUGGGAACCUGGUCACUAUGGAGUGGUGGAAUGACCUUUGGCUAAAUGAGGGAUUUGCCAAGUUUAUGGAGUUCGUGUCUGUCAGUGUGACCCACCCUGAACUGAAAGUUGAGGAUUAUUUCUUUGGCAAGUGUUUUAAUGCGAUGGAGGUAGAUGCUUUAAACUCCUCACACCCUGUGUCCACACCUGUGGAGAAUCCUGCUCAGAUUCGAGAGAUGUUUGAUGAUGUUUCUUAUGAAAAGGGAGCAUGUAUUCUGAAUAUGCUAAGGGAGUAUCUUGGUGCUGAUGCAUUUAAAAGUGGUAUUGUACAGUACCUCCAGAAGUACAGCUAUAAAAACACCAAAAACGAGGACCUGUGGAAUAGCAUGGCAAGCAUUUGCCCUACAGAUGGCACACAAGGGAUGGAUGGCUUUUGCUCUAGAAGCCAGCAUUCGUCUUCAUCCUCACACUGGCGUCAGGAAGGCCUGGAUGUGAAAACCAUGAUGAACACCUGGACACUGCAGAAGGGUUUUCCCUUGAUAACCAUCACAGUGAGAGGGAGGAACGUUCACAUGAAGCAAGAGCACUACAUGAAGGGGUCUGAUGAUGCCCCAGAAACUGGAUACCUGUGGCAUGUUCCAUUGACAUUCACCACCAGCAAAUCAGACAUGGUCCAUAGAUUUUUGCUGAAAACAAAAACAGAUGUGCUCAUCCUCCCAGAAGAGGUGGAAUGGAUCAAGUUUAAUGUGGGAAUGAGUGGCUAUUACAUUGUGCAUUACAAGGAUGAUGGAUGGGAUUCCUUGACUGGCCUUUUAAAAGGAACACACACAGCAAUUAGCAGUAAUGAUCGGGCCAGUCUCAUUAACAAUGCAUUUCAGCUUGUCAGCAUUGGAAAGCUGCCGAUUGAAAAGGCCUUGGAUUUAACCCUUUACUUGAAACAUGAAACUGAAAUUAUGCCCGUGUUCCAAGGUUUGAAUGAGCUGAUUCCUAUGUAUAAGUUAAUGGAGAAAAGAGAUAUGAAUGAAGUAGAAACUCAAUUCAAGGCCUUCCUCAUCAGGCUGCUGCAGGGGCUCAUUGACAAGCAGACAUGGACGGACGAUGGCUCUGUCUCAGAGCGAAUGCUGAGGAGCCAGCUCCUCCUCCUCGCCUGUGUGCGCAGGUACCAGCCUUGUGUGCAGAGGGCAGAAGGCUAUUUCAGGAGGUGGAAGGAAUCCAAUGGAAAUCUGAGCCUGCCUAACGAUGUGACUAUGGCGGUGUUUGCCGUGGGGGCCCAGAACACUGAAGGCUGGGAUUUUCUUUAUAGUAAAUAUCAGUCUUCUUUGUCCAGUACCAAGAAGAGUCAAAUUGAAUUUGCUCUCUGUACGAGCCAAAAUAAGGAAAAGCUUCAGUGGCUACUAGAUCAAAGUUUUAAGGGAGAUAUAAUUAAAACUCAGGAGUUUCCACAUAUUCUCACACUUGUUGGGCGAAACCCAGUAGGAUAUCCAUUGGCCUGGCAGUUUCUGAGGGAAAACUGGAAUAAACUUAUACAAAAGUUUGACCUUGGCUCCUCUUCCAUAGCCUACAUGGUAAUGGGAACGACAAAUCAAUUUUCCACAAGAACACGACUUGAAGAGGUAAAAGGAUUCUUCAGCUCUUUGAAAGAAAACGGUUCUCAGCUUCGCUGUGUCCAACAAACAAUCGAAACCAUUGAAGAAAACAUACGCUGGAUGGAUAAGAAUUUUGACAAAAUCAGAGUGUGGCUGCAAAAUGAGAAGCUUGAACUGCUGUAACAGUUUGUUUCUUGCCAGGUUCCUGCUAGCUACAGUCUCCAAAAUUUUGUAGAAUGUGAAUAUUUUUCAAACUAGAGAUGGCUGUUUUGGCUCCAGCAGAAGAUACUCCCUUUCCCUUCAACUCCUUAUUCAUUUGGCAAUUCCUGUGAAGAGAUUGGCUGUUUUUCAUUCAUGGGCUCCUACUACCACAUUUCAUUUAUGGGUGUGUCUUGCCAAAUAAACCCAAGUGGCAGGUUCCUGACAUGGAGGAAUCAACUACCUUAUUUUUCUCAUUUUAUAUUUCAUGCU